AUGGCUGAGAAACGCAGACUCUCCGCGCGUGAACGUCGCGAACCUGCCGCGAAGCGACGAGUCUCCGAAGCGACCACGAGAGCAUUAUCACCGGCGCAACAGACGUCAAAAAGAAAAGCUUCCACGCCUGCUGCCGCUUCAUCGCCCGCUUCAACACCGAAUACACCCGUCGAAAUUGUCGAACCGCCACUCCCAACCAAAAUUAAGGAUGGGGAGCCUCUUCCGACCCUCCCUUCGGCGCAGUCCGCCGACCUGUCGCUCAAAGAAUACCAAUCAAUCGCGGAAAGCGCGGUUCUUCUGGCCUCUCUAGAAAGGUCGAAAAAGAAAUGGCUCAGCGACGGUAUUCUCGUGCGUUAUUGGACAAAACCCAAGAAGACGAAGAGGGACCAGAUUGAAGGCAAAAACCCACCGAAAGAGUCGAUGUCUAAGGUUGGACCCUGUAAUAUUGUGGUUGGGCCUCACCUUUUCGAUGCGAUGCUGUAUACGGUCAAAGACCCCAACGCGCCACCUCCAGUUCAAUAUACCCCGACACAGCGGCCAAUGGUUCACUAUGGUCAUCCCAACAACUUCCAGCAGUAUCAUCCUUACCCCCAAGCGCCCACUCAGAAUCAACGACCGCAUCCACCCCAAGCCGCCCACGGCACACCACCAGCCCAACAGGGCCACCAACACGCCCGCCCGCCGCCUCCGCCGCCCUCCAGGACUCCAAACAACCAGACCCCUCAGCGCCCUUCCGGGCCUCAGUCUGCGCAGCGGCCUGCUGCUAACCAGAAUCCUCCUCCCCAGCCACCAAAACCAAAUCCCGACCCCGUCAUUCAGAUGCUUGCCACGCGAGCUGCACAAGAUCCUGAACUGAAGGCUUUGAUGAGAUUGGUUGCCUCGACAAAUGCAACACAGGAACAGCUGCGCACAUUCCAAGCACAUAUAGACGAGUUAAAUGCGAUCAUACGAGCUCGGGAGCAACAACAACGCCGUCAGCAGCAGCAGAAACAAUCAUCAUCACAACAACAGUCAUCACAACCGACAACCCCUACAGCUGCACAACCGUCACCUCGACCCUCUCAACCGGUAGCCCAAGCGCACCACCAGCCGCCACCGCAGGGACCAUCACAGGAAUCACAGGCAUCACAACCAUCACCAGCAACUUCCCAGCAACAACCUCCACAGCACGAACAACAAACCCCUACAGCGCAAGCUCAGUCACAGCAACCACAAAAAUCACCUCAAUCACACCCUCGAGUUGAAGUGCAGAUACCUAGGCCUCCACAGUCUAAUUCUACACCCCAGAACCCGAAUGCGGACUCAGCAAACCGGCAACCAUCUGCUUCCCAACCUACGCCCACAACACCCCAGGUUAAACAGGAACCUGGUGCAAGCACUACGGUGCCAACACCAACGCCAGUCCCGGCACAAGCGCCAGCGCCCCCUGUCUCAACCCCAAGCACUGGUCCUGGCCCACAGCAAACCCCUGGAACACAGCCAAUGGCACCUCCGCCGCCGCAACCGCAGCAGCAGGCAAUGGGUCAGAGGCCAGGCCCACAAUAUCAGUACCAACAACCGCCAUAUCAAAGCCAGCCAAUUCAGUCUCGACCGCCGCAAUACGGAUCUCCGACCCCGUAUUAUCGUGCUACUCCCCCACGGCCACCACCACCGCCGAGACUGAACUACAAAUCGGUGGUGUUCGAGUUUACUUCCCCGUUGACUCCAUAUGGAAGCAGCACUUCAGGACACGCGGGGUCGGGGGAUCGAUACCUUUUCCCAGAGAAUACGAUUCUAGAAUGGCUCUCCGGCGGAACCAUAGUCCUUGCUUCUUUCUUACUUGUCCGGAAAUUAGACCCUAACACACCAUUCCCAAUCGAAACCGCACCAGAUACCGCCCCCUCGAGAGCAAAGGGAAAAUCAACGUCGAAAUCAAAGAAAGCUGACAAAAACAAAGACAAGUCCGGAGAAACCCAGAAGGAGAAGGACAACACCAAGGACGGGGAUAACAGCGCCAAAAAAGGCGAUAAUAACACUCAAACCUCAGAGAACAAGGACUCUCCCGCUGUAGACUCCAAGCAAGGCGUUCAAAGUGAGCAAAACGACGAAAAAACUCCGCAGGCAACUGACUCGACCAAAUCGGCAGCCGACGCCAAGGCAGACGAUGACAACAAGCCCUCGAACCUGAAAGAGUAUUAUCAACCUAUCACUUUUCGCAUUUACAGCGCGAACCCGAAGGUACUAGAGCCUUUGGCCCGGGUUGUGAAGCCGCAAGAUGAAGUGCGCAAGUACAUGAAUGAAGUCAUGGACCGCGCCGAGCGAGCUCCCGAUGGAUUCCUUGCUUACCAGCUUCCGCGCGAGCAACACGCCGAAGAGAUCGAGUCAGAAAGUGAUAAUAAGAAAGGAAAUACGCCCAUUCCGGGGUCUCUUGUCAGUGGACGCAGCAAGCUGUCGCGGGGUAGGACAGUUGGCGAGGACUCGGAUACUGAGAAUACCGAUAGACCCAUUGAGGAAGAGGAGGAAGAGGAGGAAUUAAAGGAUUUUUACGGGCCGCCGACUGGCAUUUUGCCAUUGGGUAUAUGA